AGUAGAUUCACAUCGACGCAUCAAACAACACGGGACUCUUAUGGCCGUUCCACCCACCUAAGCGCUGAGCCUUUGGACUUUGGAUAUUAAGCGUCGAUAAAAACGGCAAGGCAAAAGAAAACGAUAUUUUAGUUCGUUAUUUGAGGUGUUGGCAUCCCCGGGGAGCCUGAAGCCCGGUAAGGGCGCCGGGAGCAAGCAGAUUACCUAAAACGCGCAGAGACUCUUCUGGUAUUUUUUGGUGAGACGAAGGAGUGCAGACGAAAUAAUCGCAGGACGAGAUAAAAUAUAGGAAUAAUAUUUCCCACUAAGACUUAAAAAAAAAAAACAGCAGAGAAACGACGUUAAGCUUUCGUUCUCCUGUACUUCACCAUGGUGUCCACAGUUCUUGUUGUGACACUGUGUGUCACACUCAUGUGCAUUCACGUAACUAAAGGUGCAGCCUUUCUUACUCCUGAUUCUGAGGCUCCUCCCACUAUGACUUCUGAUCCCCGCCCCCUGGGUGAGUUGCUCCAUGCUGCGCUGAUGAGUAAGAAGUAUCUUGGCCAGUCCUCUGGCAACAUAGGCACAACCACUAACCCGACCCAGGCUGUUCCUUCUGUUGAACCUGCGUCUACAGUAAUGUCACCAGGUGUUCUCACUACUGCCAUGACCUCCUCAACUGCCCCAAAGUCUGGCCAAUUAGGAGGGAAGGGUGGUGUAACAUCACCACCAUUAGAGGAGGAGACCACAACGACUCUGAUCACAACCACAACAAUAACAACAGUUCACACACCAGUGCAGUGUAAUACUAGCCUGACAGGCAUGGAGGGUAUAGUGGAGUCUCCAGACCAGCUCUCCUCAUCAAUUCCGUUUUCUCCACUGGAAUGCACAUAUAGCAUCACUGUAUACCCUGGAUAUGGGGUAGAAAUACAGGUGAAGAAGGUGAACUUGUCUAAGGAGGAGUCUCUGACUAUUCUGGGACUGGAUGGCUCAGUACCUGAACUUUUAGCCAACGAGACAAUGAUCAGUGAAGGUCAGGUGAUACGCAGUACAACAAAUCAGGUGCAGAUUCACUACCGAAGCCUGAAGCAGACCAACCAUGGCAUUUUCACCCUUCACUACCAAGCAUUCCUCCUCUCCUGCCCAUUCCCUCUGUCUCCUGAGGGGGGCAUAGUCACUGUGACUGACAUUCACCCUGGAGGUCAGGCUCACUUCCACUGUGACCCCAGCUUUCAGGUCAGGGGUCAUGAAGUUGCCACCUGUCUGAACGCCACCCGACCCCACUGGAGCACUCCUGAGCCUCAGUGUAUGGCCGUGUCUUGUGGCGGUUGGAUCAGAAACGCUACAGUGGGACGGAUCCUCUCUCCCACCGUUCCCUCCAGCAGUAACCUCAGCAGUAGCAACUUGAGCUGCCAUUGGUUGCUUGAGGCCAAGGAGGGUCACCGACUACACCUUCAUUUUGAAAGGAUGGCUUUGGAUGAAGACAAUGAUAAACUGAUUGUCCGCAGUGGGAAUAAUUCCAACACUCCACUUCUUUUUGACUCGGAUCUAGAUGAUGUUCCAGAGCGUGGGAUAGUGAGCGAAGGAUCAUCUUUGUAUCUGGAGCUAACAGCUGACUCUUCCUCCAUCCCUCUGCUGAUGGCACUUCGCUAUGAGGCUUUUGACGGCGAACACUGUUAUGAACCCUAUGUUCCUCAUGGGAAUUUUAGCAGCAGUGACAUCACCUUUCCUCUUGGAACUACUGUAACCUUCUCCUGCUCUCCUGGAUUUGUCAUGGAGCAAGGAUCAGGGGUCAUGGAGUGUGUCGACCCAAGUGACCCCCACUGGAAUGAGAGUGAGCCUGUGUGCAAAGCUCUAUGUGGCGGGGAGCUAACAGAUGCGACAGGAACCGUGCUGUCUCCCGAUUGGCCACAGAGCUACUCAAAGGGGCAGGACUGUGUGUGGCAGAUCCACGUCAACGAGGACAAGAGAAUUGAACUGGAUGUGCAAAUUUUGAACAUUCGUCAUAAUGAUAUUCUCACCAUAUUUGAUGGCCAUGAUCUGAUGUCCCAUGUGAUUGGUCAGUAUUUGGGGUCAAGGGAAAGGUUCCGUGUUGUGUCUGGUGGCUCAGAGGUUACUAUUCAGUUUCAAAGUGACCCUGAUGAUUCCAGCUUCAUCCUGAGCCAAGGCUUCCUGAUUCACUACAGAGAGGUGGAACCUAAUGAUACAUGCCCCACUUUGCCACCAAUUGAAUUUGGCUGGAGUAGCUCUUCCCAUGUCUCACUUGUGAGGGGCAGUGUAAUAACAUAUCAGUGCCAACCUGGCUAUGACAUUGUGGGUUCUGACAUCAUUACCUGUCAGUGGGAUCUGUCCUGGAGCAACAGCCCACCUACCUGUGUGAAAAUCCAGCAAUGUCCUGACCCAGGGGAGGUGGUGAAUGGAGCACGCUCAGUGCACCCAGAAUUAGGCUUUGCAGUGGGAACAGUGGUGCGCUUUACAUGUAAUCAAGGUUACCAACUGGAGGGCCCUAGUCAGAUCUCCUGCCAUGGCAGAGACACUGGCAUGCCAAAAUGGAGUGACCGUAGCCCUAAAUGUGUCUUAAAGUAUGAUCCAUGCCCAAAUCCUGGUGUGCCAGACAACGGUUACCAAACUCUGUAUAAACAUAGCUACCAAGCAGGGGAGACUCUGCGCUUUUUCUGUUAUGAAGGCUAUGAGUUGAUUGGAGAGGUCAUCAUCAACUGCGUCCCAGGACACCCCUCUCAGUGGAACAGCCCACCCCCUUUCUGCAAAGUGGCCUAUGAGGAGCUGUUGGAAGAUCACAAACUGGAAGUCUCUCAGUCAUUAGAGGCCUCCCACCAAAUGCUGAGUGAGAACAUUGCAUUGGCCAUCAUCUUGCCCAUCAUCCUGGUCAUCCUUUUGAUUGCUGGAAUAUAUAUGUACUACACUAAUGUUUGUAGGUUGCAGUGGAAGCCACUAUUUUGGAAGUCCCUGUCACACACCCACUCCUAUAGUCCCAUCACGGUGGAGUCGGACUUUAAUAACCCACUGUAUGAAGCAGGGGACACAAGGGAGUAUGAGGUGUCCAUCUGAUGCAGCAAACAAGGGAGAAAUUAAGGAUGGAAAGAAUAUGAAUGGAUGAUAUAAUGUCUGUCUCUCACUUGCAGUCCUUUAACCAAUAUACCUUUUCUUUCUUUUUCACUCUACUUUCAGUAUCUCUCUUGCUCGUUGCUGACUCAUUUAACAGUGUGCGUGUGUCUGUGUUUGUGUGUGUGUGUAUGUGUGUGGAAAGAGAGAAGCUAUGUUAAAGAGUCAAAAAGGUUAAGGAUGAGCUUAAUGAGCUAAUUCUCCACAUCAGAUAUGUUUUCUAUUAUUUAGGUUGGUGCCUUAGGGACUUAACUGAGAUCAAGGUAGUGACAGUGAGCAUGAGGAUGAGGCUAAGGGUGAGUCAGCAACUUAUGGGGGACGGUGGAGAGAGAGAGAGAGAGAGAGAGAGAUGGAGAGAGAGAGAGAUGGAGAGAGAGAGAGAUGGAGAGAGGGGGGGAUUUUUCACAUGGGGACUGAAUCAUAGAAAAGACAGGAGCACACACAAACACACAUAACAACAUGUAAACAAAAACAUCUACUCAUACUCCACUGUACACACACAUACACACACGCAAGAAACACAAUAUAUUGAAUGUAAAUAUUUUGAUUGAAUAUUAUGUAUACAAAACUAAUGUAUACGAAACUGAUCCAGUGCCAAAAUAACGACAUCCCAUAAUGUGACGUCAAAACCAUGUUUCACAGGUUGCCAUAGUAUUUCCUACAUUUAUAAUGUAAUAAUGACCAAUAAUGCCAGCGUUUCAUAAUGUUCUUUGCUGUUUCUUAAAAUCUCUUUCUGCUUAAUGUUGAAUGACUACGGGAUUAAAAGGGUGGAAUGUCUUCAUGCUUAGGGCACGCAACGAUUGUAUAUUUUAUUGCUUCAGCUUAGGAUCCAUUCAAACAAUUAUCCUUACUAUCAUUGUUUAUCAGAGUUGAUGUUGCAUAUGCACUAUGUUGACAAAAAAUAUAUGAAGAAAAAAGUCAUCUGCUUGCUGUGAUGCAGUAUCAAACUGAACUGCUUUUUAUAAUGUUAUUUUUCAAUUGAAUCAUGGUUUGUUGUUAAUAUUAAGCGGUGAGUUUUUGUCUCUUCCACUGUGCCAUACUUGGAGUCUAUCUGUGGACUCUGUUUCAUUGAAGUAUUACUAAUAUUCAAUUGUUCAUAUUAUUUAUUAAUCAACAUAGUAUAUUGUCAUGAAGGCAUAAUUUAUUUGCUAAGAUUUAAGAAUAAAUAAAGGUCUGUUGGAUGGUGAA